ACCAUUGCAGCAACAUCUUCUCUUAGCUCCAGUUUCUUAGCGUCUCGUCUCGUCUCGUCUCUGACCUACGUACAGAGAUCAAGCAGCAAGUCCACCCUUCCAUCACCGAUGGAGAAGGACGGCGCGCCGAAGCCGGCGGCGGCCACCGCACCGGAGCCGGAGGGGACCCAUCAGCCGACGUGGUGGGCACAAACGCAGUGGGCCAGCAUCAAGAGGAAGGCCCGCGGCGCCAGCGAAUACGCCAUGCUCAGGACCCGCCAGGGCAUCACCUUGUUCGGAGAGCCCAAGCUCGGGUCUUUGAUCAAGGCCAAGGGAGCUUCAGCCAACGAUGAGUCGUCCCAGUAGUCAUGCAUGUGUUCUUGAUGCCACGGGCGGCAGCAAACACGGGUGAACUCAGUUCUUGUUACUUCUUGUUAGUAGGUGACCUGUCUUAGACUCUGUCUGCAUUGCAUUGGUGGUUACUGGUAGCUGUAGUUUCGGCUCUGGCGUGCUCAGGUCUGCUGGGUCGAUGAGCUAGCUAGUCAUCAAGUCAUGCAGUUUUAAUGUUUUAUAAUAAUAAUGGUUUUUACUGUCAUUGAUAGU